AUGCCUUCCAUCGAGCCCAAGAAUGAAGCUCGCCUGCUUCUGGUCUCGAACCGUUUGCCGAUCACAAUCAAGCGGUCUGAUGAUGGGAAAUAUGAUUUCUCAAUGUCUUCCGGAGGUCUGGUCAGUGGUCUGAGUGGCCUCUCAAAAUCAACCACCUUCCAGUGGUACGGCUGGCCCGGUCUGGAGGUUCCCGAGCCCGAGAUCCCUGUCGUCAAGCAGCGCCUCAAGGAAGAAUAUGGCGCUGUACCCGUCUUCAUUGAUGAUGACCUAGCAGAUCGACACUACAAUGGGUUCUCCAACUCCAUCCUCUGGCCUCUGUUCCAUUACCACCCCGGCGAGAUCACCUUCGACGAGUCCGCCUGGGAAGCUUACAAGGAAGCGAACCGUCUUUUUGCACAGGCUAUCGCGAAGGAAGUACAGGAUGGCGAUCUGAUUUGGGUUCACGACUACCACCUGAUGCUGCUUCCCGAGAUGCUGCGCGAGGAGAUUGGCGAUAGCAAGAAGAACGUGAAGAUCGGUUUCUUCUUACAUACACCGUUCCCUAGCAGUGAGAUCUACCGAAUCCUCCCCGUGCGGAAUGAACUGCUCCUGGGUGUCCUACAUUGCGACCUGAUUGGCUUCCACACUUAUGAUUACACGCGCCAUUUCCUGAGCAGUUGCUCACGUCUACUUGGCCUUGCAACUACGCCCAAUGGCAUUGAAUUCCAGGGCAAGAUUAUUACAUGUGGAGCCUUCCCCAUUGGCAUUGACCCUGAGAAGUUCAAGGAAGGAUUGAAGAAGGAGAAGGUCCAGAAGCGCAUUGCCAUGCUGGAGCAGAAGUUCCAGGGUGUGAAGCUGAUGGUCGGUGUCGACCGUCUUGAUUACAUCAAGGGCGUGCCCCAGAAGUUGCACGCCCUUGAAGUGUUCCUCAGUGACCACCCAGAAUGGGUUGGGAAGGUCGUUCUUGUACAAGUCGCCGUCCCCAGUCGGCAGGAUGUCGAGGAAUACCAGAAUUUGAGGGCUGUGGUGAACGAACUGGUGGGUCGGAUCAAUGGAAAGUUCGGCACGGUCGAGUUCCAACCUAUCCACUUCCUGCACAAGUCCGUCAACUUCGACGAGCUCAUCGCUCUCUACGCCGUAUCAGAUGCCUGCAUUGUCUCAUCGACCCGUGAUGGCAUGAACCUGGUCGCAUACGAGUACAUCGCCACCCAACAGAAACGCCAUGGAGUUCUGGUGCUUUCUGAAUUCGCCGGAGCAGCCCAGAGUCUGAACGGCAGUAUCAUUGUGAACCCCUGGAACACCGAAGAAUUAGCAGGCGCCUACCAAGAAGCCGUGACCAUGAGCGAUGAACAGAGGGCUCUCAAUUUUGCCAAGUUGGACAGAUACGUUUCCAAGUACACUAGCGCAUUCUGGGGCCAAUCCUUCGUCACCGAACUCACCCGGAUAUCAGCACACUCUGCCGAUAAAUUCCACUCCAAGAAAUUGGCGGAAUCAGAUGCAAACGAAACCGAUGUGCCACCCACGACGCAAGACGCGUAA